AUGGCAAAGAUAAAGAAGCAACUGCCUCGGCGGUUAGCUCCAGCGCCUGCUGCUGUACUCAAGGUCAUUGACCUCUUGACAAAUGCAUCAGACGUCCAAUUGAUAGACAUUUCCAAACAGUUACACUUAUGGUGUCAUCCAAAGUCGGAUUUCUAUCAUUGGAUUCCUGUCUUGAAUCGCUUCGACUCGAUCUUAGAAAGUGCUAUGCCUGUAAAAGGUUAUGAUGUUGCUUCUGAUGGAUUUGGUCCUGCUGAGUCGCCAGACUCGCCUUCAAAGCAAGUUAUUCUGGCUGUAUUGAAUAUUACAAGGCAUUUAUGGGAGACUUGUACGAAUCGAAACUUGUAUAAUUCAUUCGAGCACUUGAUUGAUUUAUUGAACACUCGUGACUUGGAUAUAUUGACUUCUACAUUACGACUCAUGUUGAGACCUGCACAACGAACCAGUGCUCAACGCUCUAUAAGAUCCACAAUGUCAUCCGCGCACGAACGAUUGAUGGUACUCAGCCAGAAUCUAGGUGGUGCCAGCGAUCUCGCAAAUAUAUCACAGACCGAUACCCCAAUGACUGGUUCAGAAUCAUCAUCUCUGACCUUUCAGUUCUACCGAACGGCCACAAAACCUAAAAAAGUCGAUACCUCUAUUGUUGAAUCCACAACUAAAUUAUCAACAGCAGCACCAACAACAACGACUAUUCCACAAGCAUCAUCUUCAAGUAUAGCAGCACCAACAGCCAUCCCAUCCGCAUCAUCAUCUUCAGCUACUACUUUGCCUGGUACAACAGUCUCGACCGCUGCUACACCAAUAAAAGUCAGUAAAUUAUCGACAAAACUACCAGCUACGCCUUCAGACAAGAAGGCAGAUGAUAUCUCCGCAACUGAAGGAUUGGUAGUCAUCCAGAUUCCAGAUGUAACUGCUCUAGGUCCAUCGGAGAAAGUUGUAUUACAGCUGCUAGUAAAACAGUAUGAUGUACCAGAAGAACAUACGUUUGCUCUCUUCCAUCGUUUGAGGAUUGCAUUUGCUGCUCAAGAUGCACAUGCUAGGCAUUCAAUAUUGUUGAGCCGUAUACUAGCAAUUGGAACUCUAGCUAAUCUUGUAUCUGAAGAAUCAGCAAACACCAAGAUCUUCUCGUCAGAUGCGGGUCUUGUGCAGAAACUUGUUGACGUAUUGCCAGCAGAUUGCUCCACUGAUUUGCAUGUCGCUUCAUUGAUGGCAUUGGAAAGCCUUGCCAAGUAUCGCAACAAGCAGAACGAAAUCUUGACUGCCAUGAACGCAUCUGCGAAUCAUGGUGUAUUGAUGUUCCUUGUGCGAAAGCUCAUGUCGAAAUUGAGUGAAGAUGUGUCUGAGACCAGUCAAGACUUUAUGGAUGCCAUUACCGCUUUUAUAUCGUAUGUCAUUACUACUCAAGCAGGAGGUAACAUGGUCAUCUCUGCUGGUCUUGUACCUGCUCUGGUUGCAGCACUAAAUACUACGGAGCCAAAACAUCUCAAGAAUGUCACGAAGAUCAUUGGCAUUUUGGACAGCCUCUUGCAUGGUUUUGGAAACUCAUUUGCUUCGUUCGCGAAUGCAAACGGACUCACCUUGUUGACGACCCGCAUCAAGGAUGAUGUCGCUCUAGCACUCGAAAUAUCUGGUGUUCGAGCACCGGUUGAAGGUGGCAUGGAAGUCGAUACUGAAAUAGUCGAACUACCAUACGAACGCUCAUCAUUAUUACGUGCCAUGCUCAAAUUUGUGUUCCAUAUGAUGCAAACUUCAGGUGGACAAGACGGUCUGAGAAAUCUGGUUGAUUCGAGCCUUCCAGCUUCUCUCAUAACCAUAUUUGAUCACGCUAUGCUGUUUGGUCCAAGUGUUUUUGGGCUAGCUGCAAAUAUAAUGGCAACCUUUAUUCAUAACGAAGCUACAGUAUUGUCGAUAUUGCAAGAAGCAAAACUACCUCAGUCAUUCUUGAAAGCCAUCAAGAAUGGAUUUCCUGUCUCGGCUGAGGUUGUCUCUGCCAUUCCAAACGCUCUUGGAGCUCUUUGUCUCAAUGAACAAGGACUGAAUGCUGUCUUGGAAGCAGAAGUAUUCGAUCGGUUUUGCUCAGUUUUUACCGAGGAGCAGUAUCAGAGUGCACUUCAUGACGGCGAAGUGCCAAAUCUUGUUGGUAGCUCAUUUGAUGAAUUGAUGAGACAUACCCCUGCUCUCAAACCUCAAAUCACGACUGCUAUUGUAAAAAUGCUAAAAGCAAUUGUUGAUAUGGGUAAAGCUAUGCAUAUUGAAGAUGAAGGCGGUAAUAUUAAUUUGAUGGUCAACAAGGGGUCGCCCGACACAGCAUCGUCAUCAACAGAGGUUCCUGAAACUGUAGCUGAUGCUUCAGGAGAUGUUACGAUGAUGGAUGCUACUGUAGUGGAUGCUACUGUAGUGGACGCUGCUGCAGUAGAUGGUAAGAGAGAUGAAGCAGCGGUUGCAGCAAAAGAUGCACCUAGAGAUAGCAAAAUUUCACAGUUUGUUGAGACUGUCAGCCGAUUUGUAGAAGGUGUAUUGACAACUCAGGAGCAUGGCGCCAAACUGAUUGAACUUGGUGCACUCCCGAUCCUACUUGAUAUCUAUUCUCUGCCAUCCGUACCAUACGACUUUGGUAGCUCUUCAGCAUCGUAUUCCUUGAGCUAUCUUUUCCGUAUUCUUAUUGAAGCUGAUACCAAAGCCGUGAUUGAAGCGCUUCUUGGAGCCAUUCGUCGUAGUCUAGAACGAUUAUCCUCCUUCUUGACUUACGACGGAAAUGACGCCAUGGUUUCGUCUUUGAUUGAACUAUGGGAGUCAAAUCCAGAGCAAGUAGAUACCGCCUCGACUAUAUUCAGGUCAUUGGUAGAGAUUCAUGGUUAUAUGAAGCUCUUGUCUGAUAUAUACGGAACACAUACAGUUGGUCCAGGAAAAGGUGCAGUUGCCAUUAUACACACUUUUGCUUCCAAGGAAUCAGAAGGAAUGCUCAAAGCUCUAGUCCACUUGCAAUCUGUCUGCUCGUGGGAGCAUACCUUGUUGAGAAAGUCUGUGCCAAAGUCAUGGUUCCAGCCAAAGAAUAAGAAGAAUGCAGACAAGGCUGGUGUAUUACCGUCGUCAACUAGUAUGAAUGUUUUGAGUGACGCAGCAGAUCAAGCUGCUGCAACUAGCUCUGAAGGUGCUGCUGCUGGUGGAGACGAUGGAGUCGACAUGAAGGACAAGGAUCCAAGGACGGAAAAGAAGGCACGAAAUGUGCGCUUGUUUGCGUUCUUGCUGUCUCGUGUAUCAACUCUACUAGGACCUAUCUUCUUUGGGGUUGUGAAGUUGGUCACGGCACGUAGAAUUGCUGAUGCCAACCACCGCAAGUCAGCCUAUAAAGUAAUAGAUAUGCUCGUCUCGCAACUGGUUGAAGGUCUCAAUUGGCAACGAGCAUUGAGAGACGAGUCCCUUCAGACUGUGCAAUACUUGACCAUGUCUAUAGCUCGUCUGACCCAUGUCUUGUCAGAUGAUCGCUCCGGCAAUGUGUUGCAAACCUCAGCAGCUUUUGCAUUCAAAAAGACUGGAGGUAUGGAAAGUCUACUAAAAGUGGCCGAAUAUCUUUGGAACAAAGUAGAACAGCUACCACCUGCCGACGAUAAAGUAGUCAUGACGAAAGAGAAUACAGAUCCAGCAGUGUUGCUCUUACAGGAUGUACUGGAAAUAAUCAAACUCUUGACAAACCAUAAGGCGCUCCUUGAAUCACCACAUACUGCCAAUUUGGUGCUGAUAUAUCCCGCUUCAUCCGAAACACCUUUCUUGGCUCACGAAAUGCUUGUGCAGAAUCGCCUAGCUGUACUACCGCAUAUUUUAGUCUUGUGGAGAAGUGAUCUGUUGUCCAAAGUCCCAUCCAAUCUAGUACGAUUGGUAGUAAAUAUAUUGCUGCAGAUAUUGAGAGCAACCGGUGAAGUAUCACCAACUGUAGUUGGUGCUGCUGCUUCCUUGCCAAACGGAACUGGCGCAUUGCAGUCAUUUUCCAAUGCCUUCUUUGGUGCCGGUGCUCCAACACAAGCAGCACCAGAUCCGGAACGAGUCCAGCAAUUGACUGAUAUGGGCUUCCCUCGAGGUGCAGCAGAGACUGCCUUGACUCGAUAUAGUAAUAAUAUAAGUCGAGCCACCGAGUACUUGAUUUCUCAUCCGGAAAUCGUUGCAGCGGAACGUAGUAGACCAACUCCAACAGCUACUGCCGCUACAGCAACAGCUGCAGGAGUAGGAGCCGCAGCUGCAGGACCUGCUGAUCCUCAAGUGCCUGCUGAAGCUCCAGCUGCAGAGCCACCAACUGUUGCCAAUCCACCAUCAGAUCCAAUGACUCAAGACAAUGAUGAAGGAGGCGAUGAAGAAGACGAUAAUGAGGCUGCCCAAUUAGCUGCAGCUUUAGCAAUGUCAGUCCAGGCUCGUACCGAUACUGAUGCCAUGGACGUUACCGUACAGAAUCCUGCAGUACCAUCCGCAGCUUCACCAGUAUUAUCACACUCUCCACAACCUGAUGAGAAUGGCAAGGCAAAAGCUUCUUUGACUCCCAAAGCAGAACUAGAUGCUUUGAGAGCAGAAGCUAUGAAGGAUGCAGUAGAUAGAGCAUUGACCUUGCUUCAAAUACGUGAUUCUGCCAUAUUCGAAUUGAAGGACGUACUUAUGUUUUGUGCAAUCGAUAAUAUGAGUUGGAUUGAACGUAUUAUGGAGGGAAUGGCUGCCUUGUUUACAUCCGCCGAGAUAAGUAUAGAAGCAGCAUCAGCUAAAGCUAGAGAGCUAAGAUUAUUGGCGCUCUUGCUGAAUGAAGCAGGUUUGCCUCACACAACUGUUCUGGAUGCAGUCAAGCCAUUGGUUAAAGAAUUCCUCAGCCAUACAUCCAAUGUAGUUGUAAAUGAGCAGUCGACGGCAUGGCUUCCACCCAUUCUACUAUUGGUAUCGCAAUACUUGUCCCAAGCUGAAGAGCCUCGUAAAGUCAAAUUAAAUCCAGAUUUGAGCAGUAGAGAUGCUGAUAUGAACAAUGUAGCACCUCCACCUGUCGAGUCUUUGACUUUAGAAGAACGAGCUAAUCUAUUGCAUCUCAUGGUCCGUCUCUUACGAAACGAGACAGUCCUGCCCAAGGCUUUAUUAUCGGCAGUUCUUCCUCUCGUAGUGCAAUUGACUAGGAAGGCAGCUGAAGCUGUUUCCUUUGUCGAAUUAGGAGGUCUAGCUGCUCUCUUCCAAAGUGAUCGUAUCGCUCUAGUAGCAGAACAGCCAACAAUGACGGUGAUUGUUUUGAGAAAUAUUGUAGAGAAUCCUGAAGUCUUGUUGAUUGCCAUGGAACGAGAACUUCGUGUAUGGUUUGGAACACCUCGAACACGAGCAACAGACAUCGGUGGAUACUUACGUGCUGUAGCUGGUAUUGCUUGUCGUGAUCCGGAAACGUUUAUUAAAGCUACCGAAAACAUUGCACAUAUUCCUCGAUAUGAAGCUUUGUCUCGUCAACAACAAAUAACUCUAAAGACUGUCAAACCUGCUGAUGCUAUCGCUGCUGAAGACGGUGCUCCAACAUCAUCUACAGCCAUGGAAGUUGAGGGACUUGCUGCCACCACGACUCCAGCUGCAGCAUCCGCUUCUUCGAAAGAACCUCAUGUAGCCGAGGUUCGAGUGGUAGAUCGUCUUGUAGUAGGAUACAUGGUCUCUGAAUUGCUUGCAAUGCGUCCAGCACCAAAUGCGGAACCACUCAAACCUGAAGCUAAAAAGCAGGUUUACCGACGACGUAUAGUAUUAUUGCAAAGUCUUACCGAGUUGGUAUCGUCAUAUCCAGCUGCACGUGCUGCGGCCGUUGGUAUAGUAGCGGAUUCAGAUAUCAAGGCCUCACCUACUCCAGCAGGUUCAGCUUUCCUGUCAUACUUGUUGGAUGAACUGGUUCCAAAUGCCGUCAAGUCACCAGAAGAAGAUAAUGUUGCUGGUCUAAGCGAUGAGGUGAUGGAAAGUUGUUGGGGUCUCACUCUACUACAAGAACUAUGUGGUGGCUCCAUAACUGAUAUUGACAAGGAAGGUGUUUCUCAAGCUCUCGAUGUGGCUGUCCGUAAACUCACAUUAGAGGCCAUCAAGAGUAGUAUAAAUGAUGUCGUAGCUCAGUCAGACGGUAGUCGUGAUGACCGAUACGCACUAUUCGCUCUCUUGGCGGAACUAGUAGAUCGCAUAUUAUUGAUGAGAGUAGCUGCUACGGAUCGUACUGGAAGGCUCGCUAAUCGCAAUACACCUGAUGAAGCUGGUGCCAACGACGACGACAAUUCAAACUCGCUUACUCGUAUUAUGCUCGAUAAAGGAUUUGUAGGAGCAUUAACAAGUAUGAUUGCUGAAAUCGAUAUUCAUCAUCCAAAGUCGAAACUAGUGGUGCAAGCAUUGCUUAAACCCAUUGAAGUACUCACGAAAGCUGCUACUCGAGUACCCAAACCACCGGAUGCACCUGGUAAACUUGGCCUUGGUGGAGCUGCAGCUGCAGCUGAAGAAGCCAUACCAAUACCUAUAUUGCCAGAAGGUGUCGCAACAGAUAUGCCAGUAGACGACACCUCCGACAUUUACCGUAAUUCAGCUCUUGGUAUCUUUAAUGCUGAGCACAAUGCUGAGCACGAUGUCAGUGAUGACACUGAAGAUGACGAAGAUGAUGGAGGUGAAGAAGACUAUGACUCGUUUGAUGGAGAAGGAGAAGAAGUCUCGGAUGCUGAUAUGCAUGAUGAACACGAUGAGGAUGAUGACGACGACAACGGCUCCAAUCCAGAUGACGAUAUGGAAAUCACUCUACCAUAUCAUCAACCUCACGAUCAUAUGGAAGAUGAAGACGAGGAGGAAGAUGACGAAGACGAUGAUGGUCCUCCUGGACCUCAUGGUCAUGGGAAUGAUAACGCUAUAGUCGAAGUCAUAGAAGGUGAAGACGGUGGUCCAGAUGAUGCUUCAGACUGGGUCGAUGAAGAUGCCUACCUAGAUGCUGAACAUGAUCAUGAUCAUGGUAUCGUUGAGCCUUUCGGAGAAAACGGUGCUGCCAUGAAUCUAGAUGAAGGAGACGAACAUGACGAAGGAGAUGGCGGUGACGAAGACGACGAAGAAGACGAUGAAGACGAAGGUGGUAUAAUAUUGGAUGAUGAUGGUGAAGAAACGGAAGAAGACGAUCCCAUCCCACCGUAUCUAGCACCAUUAGACGCAUUCGAUCUUCAAGGAGCUGGAGAAGAAGACUUUGAAGCUCUGGAACUUCAAGCCAAUCGUCCAUUAGGUGGUAUGGCUGGUCGUCCAGGCCAAGCUGGUCGAAUAGCACAUAGAUUAUUUGGUGGUCGUCGUCGUCGUGCUCCUUUGGACUUUGAUGCUGAUGGUCCAAUGGGCGCUGAUAGAUUUAUAUUUGAAUGGCGGGAUCAACCUGAUCCAGGAUAUAAUCCAUACGGUCAUCCAUUCCCUACGCUUCCCCGUACUGCACCUCGACACGAUGAUCGUCUUACUCAUCCACUAUUACUUAACGAUGCUGAAGUCGCUCAGAACGAACGAGCAGCAGACCCAAGAGGUUUGGCUGCUCGAGCACGUGGUCGCUUAGGAGAUAUGCAAAUAGACUUCCAAGCAUUCGAUGAUCUCGUUGGGGGACAAGCACUGCAAAUAUUACAGCAGAUAUUUGCUCGUGGAGCUGGAGGUGCCGCUGCUGCUGCUCGUGCUUUACGUGCUGAACUGCCUAUUGGCGGAGCAGUCGGUUUGCCCAAUCUACUUGUACCUCCUGGUGCAGGUCUUGGUGCACUACCUCCUCAUGUAUCUCCCAAUGGUACUUUGACUAGCGCUGCUGCUGCAGUUUUAGGAACACCAGAAUCAGAACAAGAUAGUAUAGUGCGCAGUUAUAAUGUCAGCUCUACUAUGGAACGAUGGACUCAACAAGCACGUAUCUUGUAUCGAGCCGGUUAUCCAGAUCGAGCAUUGAGACUGCAAAAUCAUAUUCUCAAUGCCCUCAUUCCUGAAGCUAUGGAAGAGGAACGUAAACGUAAAGAAAAGUCUGCCGAGUUACGUCGUAUACUUGAAGAAAACGAACGUGUUGAAGCUGAAAAGAGACGAGUGGAGGAAGAAGAAGCUGCUGCCAAGGCCGCUAAAGCAGCCGAGGAGGCGGCUGCUAUUGCUGCAGCAGCUGCCGCUGCUGCUCCAGUUGUUGAACCAGUUGUUGAACCAGCUACAGUACCCAUGGAUGCUGAUCAACCAGCAGCUGUAAGUGUUGAACCUCCAGCUCCUGCUGCAGAAAUAGUCAGAACUAUUGUAACCAUUCAUGGUCGUGAAGUGGAUAUCACUGGAACUGGCAUUGAUCCUGAAUUCUUGGAAGCUCUCCCCGACGACAUGCGUCAAGAAGUAGUCGCUCAGCAUUUGCGUGAAAAUCGUCAACAGGCUAGAACUUCUGCUUCUGCUACAAUGUCAGCUGCCAUCAAUCCAGAAUUCUUGGACGCUCUUCCUCCAGAUAUAAGACAGGAAAUCCUCGAGCAAGAACAACUAGAAGCUGCUCGAGCUACCCGUGCUAGAGAAGGUGCCACAGCCGCAAACGCUGGUGGUCCAAUUGAAAUGGAUCCAGCUACCUUCCUCGCAACUCUUGACCCAGACUUGCGUCAAAAUAUAUUAUUGGAGCAAGACGAUGUAUUCUUGUCAAGAUUACCGCCAGGAUUAUUGGCUGAAGCAACACACCUUCGAGAAAGACUCAACCGUAAUCGUCAUAUACAAACGUUGAGAGCCCAUCGUGCUCUUGCAGGUAGUCCAGCAGCUAUAGCAGCUGAAGCACCAAAGAAGAAGCUGGUUAGUCGUGAUGUCAUGCAAGUAGUAGAUAGGUCACAGCUCUCCAUGAUUGUUCGCCUCCUGUUUUUGCCUGAACCCGUCAAUGGCAAGAACCUUCUUCUCCAUAAAAUAUUAGCAAACUUGGCAGAAAACGCCAAAACUCGUCUAGAAGUAGUUUCUUUGCUGUUAUCAUUGUUGGCUGAUGGAACAGGGGACUUGACUGGUAUAGAGCGGAGCUUCUCUCAAUCUGGUAGAGUCAAGGCAAAAACACCAGUCACUCCACGACCACCAUCUACUGCUGGUACUCCAAUGGCAUCUCCGUUCGCAGCACCUUCCGUUCCAAAUCAUAGUAGUAAUAAUACCGUGUCAGAGACUUCAGCAACGACAGUUGCAGUAAGAUGUUUGGAUGCCCUUACGCAUCUAGUGCAAUUCAACAAUCAAGUUGCACAUCUCUUCUUGAUGGAAAGUGAAGCCUUUGGUCAAAGCUUCACAAAAUCUUCAAGGAUGGCUGUGUCGAAUCGUAAAGGCAAAGGAAAAGAGAAGGCAGCUCACAAGCUGCCUGUCUUGAUUCUCUUUAGUCUCUUGGAACGGAAAACCUUCUUGGGCGACUCGAGCAUAAUGGAGAGUUUGAUGCACUUGUUAUCAUUGGUUGUCAGACCUUUGGCUAUACUCGGCAAUAGGAAGCUUUCUACAGUAACAGAGCCUCCUACUACUACUCAGACAAAUCCACCAGCUGCUAGUGGCGAGGGUGCAGCUGCAACAAAUGCGACAACAGAAGCACCGGCAACAACGACUAGUACAACAGCAGAUCCUUCGACACUUUCUAUAACUACACCGUCGACUUCAACUAGUAGUGCUCCAGUACCAGAUCCACGACAAGCUCAAAUCAACCUUCUUGAAAAGCUGGUUAUACCUGAGCCAUACAUACAAGCUUCUAUGAAUGUACUGACAGCAGGGGAAUGUAGUAGUAAGACGUUCCAGUCUACGUUGCAAGUCAUACAACAACUUGCUGCAUUGGGUGAUAAUCGUCAAAUCAUGGCACGCCAGGCAGUUCAAUCAGCCCAAACACUUGGCGAUACUAUAUAUGGCGAUUUGGAUGAACUUUGUAAGAUUCUCAAGACUGGUGCUGAAGUAGUCCAGGUCCAAGCUGCCAUUUUGGGCAAGCUCUCGUCUUCAUCGUCUCAGCAAGCCAAAUUAUUACGUUUGCUCAAGACCAUCGAUGUCGUCUUCUCAAAGAAACAAACCGAGAAGCCUGCAGUCCCAUCAACCACUCCUGCCGCCCCUACUACAACCACCGCCACCACAGCACCAAGUACGGAAGCUACAGGUGGCGAUACUACGAUGGCUGAUGCUUCUACUCCAGCUGUACUAAACACUGGUAUUACUACUCCAACAGCAGAAGCUUCCAGUGAGGCCAAGGAAGACGACAGAGUAGACAAGGACACUCUAAUAUCGAUAUAUGAUCAGCUCAGCUUUGCUCGAAUGUGGGCUAUACUAGGAGAGGUCCUCAGUAUUAUUGACAAGACCACUGAAUAUGUACAAGUCGCCACAGUCUUGCUUCCACUGAUUGAAGCCUUCAUGGUAGUAUCGAAACCAUACGUAUUGAAGAAGUCGUCAAAUGUCAAAGCUAGUGCCAUGCCUAUGCCUCCUGGAGUACGGCUUGUAAAGGAACUAUCAAAUGUGGAAGAGAAUGAGACAUUCUUGAAGUUUACGGGAGAGCAUCGCAAAAUACUGAAUGUAAUGGUACGCAAUAAUCCGUCAUUAAUGAAUGGCUCCUUCUCCCUUCUCAUCCACAAUCCGAACGUGCUCGAGUUUGAUAACAAGAGGACAUACUUCAAUCAACAACUACAUAAACGUACUGCUCGGGAUCAUUACGGUACACUGGAAAUCAACGUCCGUCGUCCAUAUGUAUUUGAUGACUCGUAUCACCAGCUACAACGUCACUCUGGUGAAGAAAUCAAGUAUGGUAAACUCUCAGUACGAUUUGUAGAUGAAGAGGGUAUUGAUGCAGGGGGUGUUACUCGAGAAUGGUUUGGAGUGUUGACAAAACAAAUGUUCAACCCCAACUAUGCCUUGUUCAAGCCAUCCGCGGCUGACAAGGUGACGUAUCAACCUAAUCGAUCAUCAUGGAUUAACGGCGAACACUUGACUCUCUUCAAGUUUGUUGGAAGAAUUAUCGGUAAGGCUAUAUAUGACGGCAAACUCCUCGAAUGCUUCUUCACUCGAUCCUUUUAUAAGUGUAUGUUGGAGGUACCUGUGGAUUGGAGGGAUAUGGAAGCCAUUGAUCCUGACUUCCACAAGAGUUUGGAAUGGAUGUUGAAUAAUGAUAUUACCAAUAUCUUGGAUCUGAAUUUUAGUAGUGAAGUCGAUGAUUUUGGUAAAACCAAAGUAAUCGACUUGAAGCCCAACGGUCAAAACAUUGCCGUCACAGAAGAUAACAAGCAGGAGUAUGUAAAGUUGAUCACCGAGCAAAAGUUGACGGUAGCCAUCAAGGAUCAAAUCCAGGCGUUCCUCUCUGGCUUCCAUGAUAUAAUCCCCAAAGACCUCAUCAAGAUCUUUAAUGAACAGGAGCUCGAACUGCUCAUUUCAGGUCUACCCGAUAUUGAUAUUGAUGAUAUGAAGGCUCAUACGGAAUAUGUCAACUAUGCAGCAUCGUCGCCACAAAUCCAAUGGUUUUGGCGAGCAGUCAGAAGCUUCUCACAAGAAGAGAGAGCCAAAUUGGUACAGUUUGUUACUGGUACGUCAAAGGUGCCUUUGGAAGGAUUUGCACAGCUGCAAGGGUCGAACGGUGUGCAACGCUUCCAAAUCCACAAGGACUUUGCUAAUAUCAAACGUCUACCUUCCGCACACACAUGCUUCAAUCAAAUUGACUUGCCGGCUUAUGAUUCCUAUGAAAAUCUUCGUUCCAAUCUAUUGUUAGCUAUCUCGGAAUGUGGUACAGGCUUUGGAUUCGCCUGA